AUGAGUGAUAUACCUCCUAUAGAAGUAGAGGUGCCACAACUCCCUGAUGAGGUUAUAAAUGAAAUUCUCUAUUUAUGUGAUGCUCUAACCAUUGUUACUUUCAGUGCUACUUGCCGUUAUUCGAGGCAAAGGAUAACUUCAUUUGACUUUCUCAAUCAAAUCUCAAAGAUAUGGAAAAGGCGUGGCUGCUCACUGUUCAUUCACUUUGGGUUUGCAUCUCCUAUAAUCACGUCGGUGGAUUGGAUCAUGAAGAUUGAUGCCCUUACCGGAAAAACUGGCUACCUGAACUUGCCUUUUCUUUUAACCCAACAUGAUUGGUUUCAGCUCAUUGGAGUUGAGAUGGGAGUCUUCUGUAUCCGUUACUCCUCCCUUGGAAGAAGAAGCCACUUGGUGAUUUGGAAUCCACUUAUUCAAAUUUCUCGGGUACUAGAUGAUCCUUUGCAACUUAGUUCUUGUGAGGGUUCCUUUAUUUAUGCCUUUGCACAUUUUCCGAAUAGUGUUCAUUAUGCAAUUUUACAUAUUUUUGAAGAUGAACCCGACAGCACUGCUUACACUUUAUCUAUGUAUACAAGUUUCACUAGGAACUGGCAUGUUAGGAUUUCAUGUCCUUUAUAUGUGCAAUGGUUGGAUCCUUCGUAUGUUGUAGCCAACGGUGUUGUGUAUUGGCUUGCUGACCGUGAAGACGGUGAUCAAUCAUAUAUUGUAUCUUUCUCAUUGAUGACAUUGACUUUUGAACAAAUUUAUGUCCCUCCUGAAGUUAUGUCUCAUUAUGGUUGCCUUUUGGUUAGAGAUGGAUGUCUAUGUUUGGCAUCAAAUAAUCACACAUUCUAUUCAUACAACUCAGUUAUAUGGCAGGUAAGUGACACUGAUGAAGGUGUUAACUGGUCACAACUAUUUACAUAUAAUGGAAUAGGUACUUUGUACGUGCCAGCUAUUAUAGUUGAUCAUGAUGUUAUUCAAGUUAUGGAGAGGCACCUACAAUUGGUUGGGGCUCAAGUCAUUGCGUACUCUCAGUUUUUUUGUUCGAUAUAA